AUGGUCGACGGGCCUGAGAAACGCUACGGUGUAGUCCUGGAUGCUGGCUCAUCCGGGACGAGAGUUUACAUUUAUCGAUGGCUCCCAAACUCGGUCGCACGUCUUGAUCACACCUCCCUACAUGCGCUACCGGAUCUAGAGACAAAGGACAAGUGGACGAAAAAGGUGCACCCAGGAGUCUCAACCUUUGGGGAAACACCAGACUUGGUCGGCCCGGAUCACUUAAAACCUCUACUUAAACACGCCCUGGAAUAUAUCCCUAAAGAUGCAGUCCCGGAUACGCCCGUUUUCCUGCUUGCGACGGCUGGCAUGCGCCUGCUCCCUAAUCAACAGCAGAAGAGCCUUUUGCGAAACAUUUGUUCCUAUAUCAAAUCCGAAACGGAAUUCUCAAUACCAGACUGCGACGUUCAUGUACAAGUAAUUUCCGGGGAGACAGAAGGGCUGUAUGGGUGGAUUGCUGCAAAUUAUUUGCUUGGGGGAUUCGACGCACCUGAAGACCACGAUCAUGGCAAGGGCCACCAUACAUAUGGAUUUCUAGACAUGGGUGGCGCGUCUGCGCAGAUUGCUUUCGCACCCAAUGCUACAGAAGCAGAGAAACACGCCAAUGAUCUCACACUGCUACGCCUCCGGACAAUAGACGGUGUGCCGCAAGAACACAAGGUAUUCGUCACGACGUGGUUGGGUUUCGGCGCCAACGAGGCACGACGGAGAUAUGUGGAGGACCUCGAAGAGUCGUAUGCCAUCGAUGGUAUUCUCGAGGUUCCGGAUCCAUGUUUACCGACAGGACUGCGAGUAAACUUCGACGGCACCAUCAUAUCAGACGAUGGGCCUUCCCUUUCAAAUCAUUAUCUCAGGGGCGUCGGGAAGUUCGAUGAAUGUCUCAGACGGACAUUCCCCUUACUCGAGAAGGAUAUACCCUGUCCGGACGAACCGUGCCUGAUCCAUGGAAUCCACGUUCCCGCCAUCGACUUUGAAGUCAAUCACUUCAUUGGCGUUAGCGAGUACUGGCACACUACUCACGAGAUCUUUGAGAUGGCGCAUAAGGAUAAAGCGUAUGAUUUCAACACUUACCAGAAGAGGGUCAAGGAAUUCUGUGAGCAAGACUGGUCAGAUAUUCAAAAGGGUGUCAAGGACAAAACGUGGGGAAGCAAAGUCGACGAAAAGAGCGCACUGGAGGUUUGUUUCAAGGCCAGUUGGCUGAUUAAUAUGCUCCACGACGGUAUUGGGAUACCCAGAGUCGGACUCGAAGACACGGACGUCUCAUCCCACAAUGGCACGAAAGAAGUUCUGGAUAGCGCUAAGGGAAAGGGGCUUCUCGAUCCAUUCCAAGCUGUGAACAAGAUCAAAUCCACAGAAGUCAGUUGGACAAUGGGCAAGAUGUUGUUGUAUGCGUCUGCAGAGAUUCCACCUGCCGCUGAUGGGGACCUACCUGUUGGAUUUGGAAGUAAUGUGCGUGGUAUCCCGAAAGAUUUUCAGUACCCCGGCGGAGGCUUGCUCCAAGCUGCUCCAGACUAUCACCCCGGAGCACCUGCCGGCGACUUAUCAGAGACCACUGGCGGCGACGACGGAAACGGCCAAAGCAUCACCGACCAUAUCCACGACACGCUCUUCAAUUCCGACGCCCCCCACCGCCUGCCGGGAUUCAUCUUCUUCAUCCUUAUCUUGAUCAUUGCAGGGUUCUAUCUCUGCGGCCGCGAACGACGUUCCAGGAUCUACCUUUCGCUUCGACCAUCCUCGCCGUCCUCCUCUUCGGCCUUCCCAGCCUCAUCGACUCCGAAACUGAGGACGCCUUUGAAUUUUCUCAAUGCGCUCCUCAGCCGCCGCAAGGGCGCCGCCUUCCAUUUGGACCGAGACCGUGACCUUGAGGACGGAGCUUCCCAGCAUCUCUACGACCCCAACGAUUUCGAGCUGAACAACAUAUCCGACGACGACGACGACAGCAACUCGGCCCUCGACCCCGACGUGGCUUUCUCCAAGUCCAGCCCCUCCAGACCGACGGCAUCACAGGGCGGCAGGAACUCUCCCUUCCAGAGCAAGCGACAUGGUGCUGCUGAGAGGUUGAGGCCGCCGAAUCCGAUUGAUCGCGCGGGACUGGUGGUCAGGACGGAGAGUCGAGAGAGCUUGUCUGGAGGAGAUGCGGGCGGUGUGAACGGACGGUCCAAGAGCAGGAGUGGGAGUCCGACCAGGAUGUUAUGA